AGAGCAAGCGAGCUAUCGAGAGAACGUGCGAGUGAAAAAGAGAUGGAAAAAGAGACAAAAAGACAGCGCAACAGAGAAUAGGAACGGGAUGGUAUGGCGGCGAGUAUGGGCAGGGGUAGGUCUUGCUAGGCGGGCAACCCGUUGGCAGGUAUGGCGAUGAACACACUGGGAAACCAUCGUCGCGUCGCGAUGAACGAGUGAAUAUAACAACGCCCUCGAGGUAGACCCGGUGGCCGUCACGAAAUCGAUCAACGAGCUACGCUAAACUCGACCUGGAAGGAAAGCCCAACCAAUGCACGGAAGGAGUGAUACGAACGCGAACGGUGCCGAGUCGAUGACAUGCGUUGUCUCGUGAGCGUGGUAAUCGUCGUGGUCGGUUUGCUGACGAAUCAUCCCCGGGCAGUGAUAGCGAGCACCGACGGGAAAGCUAAUCUGAUCAGUAUAGGGAAAUGUUGCGAGCCCGGGGAGAUACUCGUAGACGACACGUGCACGCCAUUGAAGGAGACCAACGAGACGGAGUGGCGACCGAAAUUCGUCGAGGAAAAGGUGAACGGUAUAUCGAGGAGCAGGCAAGUGGAGCCUAAUUAUCAGCUGAAGAUCGGUAAGCCCAAGUGUCAGUCCAACGAGCACCAAUGGAACGUGUAUCAUCGUCGAUCCGGGGAGGAUCGAUUGGCGAUAUUGACCAACGGUAUACUAAGACACUACACCACCGAUCUCGCGAAAAGAACCGAGGACAGAAGUGUUUACGGACUCGAUCCCGAGGAACUGAUGGACGAAGAGGAUCUCGAUACUAUGUAUAUUCAUUACGAUUAUCCGUUUGGCCAUUAUUGCGCUGAUAAAGCGAUUCUGACCACCGAUCGACUAGUAACGACGUACGCUAUGGUUUGCGUACCAGACGUGGUCGUCACGUGGACCGAUACGAAUUAUUUGAUGAGGCACGCGAUCGAUCCCGCGUUCCACGCUAUGUCGAUAGCCAGCUACCUGAUCGUCGCCGUUGUCUAUUUCGUAUUACCGCAGCUGCGUGAUCUCGUGGGAAACAUGAUAACCAGCAUGACUCUGUGCCUUAUAGCCGGCCAGUGUGCCUCCAUGGUCAGAAUAUUCACCGAGUUCGGCAGUCAUGUCAGUUUUAUGGUUGCUGAUACCGUAAUGUACGUCUCAUUGCUAGCCGCAUUUUUCUGGCUGAACGCGUUGGGCUACUACGUGUGGAGUACUUUUCGUUCGCGUAACGUAUUUCUACGAGUGACUGACGGCAGAAAGUAUUGUUACUAUUCCACGUAUGUUUGGAGCUCAACGGUUUGUAUAGCGGGAUCAGCGAUUUUCGCGCACUUCGCUUUAGAGACCAGUAAACCAGUUAUCACUGGAACGAUUUAUCCUCCUCAGGAGACGAUCGGUUGGCUCGGUGUAUCUGUAUUGUUCACGGCUAUCGCACUGACGAUACUGGUAGAUCUGAGUUUCGUAUUGACGACCGCGAAUAGAAUCAAACGAAUGAGCACGUACGGUCGGAUUCAUCACAAAAUGAAAUAUAGUUUCCGAAUGUUUGUUUUCCUAUUUGUUCUCAUGAGUACCGGAUGGGUCGCGUUGUUGCUGUCGCGAUUGAGCUACGACGUACUCGUGUAUUGUCAAAUUGUUAUUAAUCUGUUUCAAGCGAUUUCGAUAUUAUAUGUAUGCGUGUUCGGUCAGAGGAGAGUCACGUUCUUGCUGGGGAAAACAUGCAAUUGCUGUAACUCGCGAGAAAAUAUCGAGGGAUUAGACUGGGGCGAAGAAAUGACUGCCAUUAACGCGGGAUAUUAACGACGUAAUACGAAAACCCGAAGUAUCAAACAUAAUUUCGGUUUUGUUUUGCAUUUUUUAUCACUUCGAACACACAUCAAGCGAGAUCGAACAUUUUGAAUUAAACGGAGUUCUAUAAGUCUGAAAUCAUGGUUCGCAACACGAGCCAGUGUAUAACAAAAAAAACAUAUCAACGAUCUUGUUAACAGUAUUAAAUACGCCGUAAAACGAACGAAUAUACGAUCUCGUAAAACGUGAAAUGAACGUAAAUUUUAUUGUAAAUGACAAACGAGUAGAUUGAGAUAUUGUAUAUAAUAUUUGCAAGGAGUCAUACCAACUUUAACGAUGCAAUAUAAUUCAAACUAUUUUUAAAUAUGCAAAUCGAAAUUUAUCUAUUUUAAAUAUUCACGAAAUAUUCAAUAUCGAUCAUUGUUCGUGCCUUGAAAACAAAAAUUACGUUUGCCUUAUGAAAAUGUGCACUUAAUCGUGAAAUAAUCGUUGAACUCAUAAUACGAUAUAUGUAUAAUAUAGCAUUUCACAAUAGCGUCAUCACACCUAUCAUUUUUUUUUUUUUUUUUAGCAAGAAUAUUAUUUAAGAUAUUCAUGUAGUAUUUAUAUUUGUAUAGAAAUAUAACUUUUGUACAAAAGAUGUAUCAUCCUCUAUAAACCUCAAUAUACUCGACAAAUAUAUCAGUUUGCCAUUUUCA